AGGACGUUCCCAGAAUGCACCUUGUAUCAACACGGCGGCGACGGCGGCGGCCCCCCGAAGUCCAGGCGUUUGGCACAGCGGCACGCACCUCCAGCCGCGUCCCGCCAGUCGGUGUUGUGGGGCGACUGCGACCAUGGCGGAGUCGGCGCCCGCUCGGCACAGGAGAAAACGGCGUUCCACACCGUUAGCCCCCGCCACACCACCUUCACAAGCAACAGAGAAAAGCCCUUAUUUUCAGACCACAGAAAUCUCACUGUGGACCGUGGUGGCUGCUAUUCAGGCUGUGGAGAAGAAGAUGGAAUCCCAGGCUGCCCGACUACAGAGCCUGGAGGGACGCGCAGGGACAGCUGAGAAGAAGCUGGCUGACUUUGAGAAGACGGCCGUGGAGUUCAGCAACCAGCUGGAGGGCAAGUGGGCCGUGCUGGGGACCCUGCUGCAGGAGUACGGGCUGCUGCAGCGGCGGCUGGAGAACGUGGAGAAUCUGCUCCGCAACCGGAACUUCUGGGUCCUGCGGCUGCCCCCUGGCAGCAAGGGGGAGGCCCCCAAGGUGUCCGGAUCCCUUGAGAAUGAUGGGGUCUGUUUCUCGGAACAGGAGUGGGAGAACCUGGAAGACUGGCAGAAGGAGCUCUACAGAAAUGUCAUGGAGAGCAACUAUGAAACUCUGGUCUCUCUGAAGGUCCUUGGGCAGCCAGAAGAAGCAGCAGCAGAAUUGGGUGCAGAGAUGGUGGGUGACUUGGUUGAAGAAGGUACCCACCUGGCAGAUAGGACCAUGGUUAAGCAGGAGGUGCUGUACAAGCCGGAGGGCCCUGCAGGUCUUCCCAGCAUGUUCUCCAGUGCUGCUGAACAACAGGCUUUCUUUGGCGCGGAGCAGGCUGUGUUCUGGAAUAGUCCAGGAGAUCCUGCUCUCUUGGAGUCAGGCCCUGGGGACUGUAACCCUGAGUCUGUUGAGGGCAGUAGAGACCCUGCCCCUGGUAGAAAACUGAACUGCCCCAAAAAACAGAAGUCUCAGAGGCAGGCACACUUGGGUCAGGAAUGUGGACAGGGCCUGAAGGCGAAAAGGGACAGCAGCCCAUACAGAUGCUCUGAAUGCCAGAUCAGCUUCCGCUACAAGCAUCAGCUGACGGCACAUAUGCAGAGCCACGUGGACAGAGAGUCUUACUCAGCCACAGAACCAGAGGAGAGCCUUAGGCCCAAACCGCGGCUGAAGCCGCAGGCCAAGAAGUCAAAGCUGCAUCAGUGCGAUGUGUGCCACAGGAGCUUCAGCUGCAAGGUGAGCCUGGUGACCCACCAGCGCUGCCACCAGCAGGAGGGCCCCAGCACCAGUCCACAAAUCCAGGAGAGAUUCUCACCCAACAGCUUAGUCGCUCUGCCUGGCCACAUCCCUUGGAGGAAGAGCCGGAGUUCUCUCAUCUGUGGGUACUGUGGCAAGAGUUUCAGCCACCCGUCUGACCUGGUGCGGCACCAGCGCAUUCAUACAGGGGAGCGGCCCUACAGCUGCCCCGAGUGUGAGAAGAGCUUCGUUCAGAAGCAGCACCUCCUGCAGCACCAGAAAAUUCACCAGCGGGAGCGGAAUGCGCUGGCUGCAGAACACGGAAGGCCCAAUGGCCUGCUUUAAGGCUGCCGGCCCCUCACCGUCCGGGGGUGGGGGGGGUGGCAUGAGUCCCCCGCAGAGACACCGCAGAGUCAGGCCGACUUCUUCCUGAGAAUUGUCUCUGCUUUGCCCCCCUUGGCUAAGCACAAAGGCUAGGAGAGACACCGGAGAGAAGAUCUAAGGCUCUAGCCUCUGCCAUCGAGGCCCUGCUACUACUGGGUUUGUUUCUUUAACCUUUUGGGGCCCCUGUUUGUGGUUGUCUUGUCACACCACAGGGACUGGUGGCCAGUUCCAGGGCCCACCCUAACGUUUCACACGUCUUCCCACAGUUAAAUGGGGCCACAGAGGUAUGUGGAGAGUUCCAGGAAGUACCGCCCUCCGUUUCCCUUCAUUUUGUAGCCUCCUUGUUAAUAACUAGUAUAAAUAAUUUAAAUGAACUGCUUAGGUUGUUCUAAAGACCGACCCCCUUUUGGAGUUAGAUUCUUGUUGAUUUUUUUAAAAUAUAGUUUAAAACUUGUUUUAUAAAUUUCAAGAGUUGUAGAAGUUGUUCCUAACCUGGGAACUGAGCCUACCCUCCAGGAGGGAAUAGUUAUGGGCUCUUUUAGCCCACCCACACUUAACAGGCUGGAGAGCCAAGACACUGCUGGGUUCCCUCGGUGGGUUCUGAGCACACUCAGAUGGGGCCAAGAGGAAGCCCCUGAAGCCCCUGCUGGACGCCGAGACUUCUGUGAAGAAGCUGGGAGUUCAGUUCUGGGAGAUCGGUGUCUCAUGGGCUCUCCCCCACUCUGUCCUGGCUUUGCUGUGUUUCUGCAGCUCUGUGGGGGCAGGGAGCAGGGAAGACUGAGCUUGACUCUGUUACACCGGGUAUCACGUGAGGUUGUUCAGAUUAGACUUUCCAGUCUCUGUCCCAGAGACGGAGGAGGAAAAGCACAGACGCUUGUCUCAGGAGUGUCGAGUUCCCGCCCCACUGUCAUUUGGGCAGGGAGGUACGAGUGGUCCCUUGGUCAUAUGUGAAUGUAUCCUUGGAUGAUUUACAGUUGUCUGGAAUAAAUCUUGUUACUUGUAUUAAAACGAAAAA